AUGUCUCUGAGCCGCCAAUCGCUCUCGCCCACAGCCAAUCUGCUCCGAAACUCCCGCCUUUUCUCACUGCCAAAUCCCCUCCCACGGCCGCACGUUGCUGAGAGCUACGGCGCGGGCGUCAUCAGAGAAUCCGACACUGCGACGCUGCCCUAUCCGACCCACCAAGCCAUUGCCACAACAAAGCCCUCGCUUGCACGCGGUGAUUGGGGUCUGAAGCGGCCGAUUCCAUCAAGGAGUCAUAUUGUGCAAGUUAGCGACCCGGUGCUCAAGGUCACGCAAUUGGAUACCAUUGAGCAUGUCACGGAUUUCGACUCUGCAGCCGACCAUGUGCGGACAAGGCAAAAGUGGGAAGAGAUGGGUGUGCCGGUGAUGAAAGGCAUGACGCAGAUGCGAGACCAGGACUUGAGUGGAACCCCGCCAUCCGGAGCUUUUGAGAUUCGCGAUGACACUACGAGUUAUGACACUGACUUGGGCCUGGAUGAGGCGGGGCUGUACCUCAAGGCGCUUAAAAAGAACAUGCCGUCUGAACGCGCCAAGGCCCAGUGGGAAGUCUUCAAUGCAACGUGGAAGGACAAGUGGGAGGAGAAGAAGGCGAGUUGGAGGAGUCAAGGGUGGGGUGAGCAACUUACAGACUUUGAAUCUACGCAAAAGAAGGCGGCUGAGGGGAGGGCUCAGCUCCGCGAACAUCAUAAGAUACUGUACGAGACAGAGUCAAGAGCUUUCCGUACGCGCUGGGAUGCGGAAUUGGCUACGAAGGAGGCCGACUGGAAGGCACGUGGCUUGACGAACCCUGAGCAUCCAGGAAGGGUUGCCGAGGCCAACGCCUUCAAGGAACUAGAGAGAAAAGCAGCGGCUGACUUGCAGAGACGAUGGGGGGAGAAAGAGGCAAGACUCGCAGAACAGACUCCCGCCAACAUGCCUUGGCUAUUGGAUUUCACCGCCUUUGCACGAGAGCAAGAUGGAGCCAAGAGGGCCCUUCGACAAGAACUUGCCGCUACUCCUUUCACGCCCCUCACGCGCCCACCUGUCGAUCCCAUCGUGCACAACACCAAACGGUGGAAGCACGACGGCCCGUGGCUCCCCGGCAUGGGCGCCGAUGAUUUCGCCACUUACCUAUCCAAGCAAAUCACCGCACGCAAGAAGGAAUUCCAAGCCUACCUAGUCGAAUACGUAAAGACUGAAAUUUACAGAUCCCGCCGCCAAGCUGCCACCAAAACCAGUCCUGAAGGAAUGCCACUCGACCCCCAAGAAGCCGAGGCCUGGCUCUCCACCCAAGAGAAAACAUGGCGACACAUCACCGACUCCCAGAUCCAAGCUGGCAUCAAAGCGCUCCGCAAGGAAACCGCAAACGAUCCCCUAGCCUCGAAACUCGUCCGCAAACUCAUCCUCCCCUUCCUCAAACUCCCCGCCAUCAAAUUCAAACACAAAGCCUUCCACAGGGACGCCGCUUCCCGCGACAUCGACGCAUACAUAUUCGACCAGGAAAGCGCACCAUUAUCAACCCACCCGUCCGCUGGUCUGGGCUACCUCCGCACAAAAUCUUACAUUGCAAACCACCCCAUUCUCGGUCCCCAGGCUAAUCCCGCUCCCAUCACCGCCCGUGUCGUUCAAGCCAGGCGCACAGCUUACAAGAAUGAAAGUUACGCCCGCCUCGGUGUGGGCGGCUUCGUUGCAAACGACCAGUUCCGCAGCACGGACACGCGUCCCGGGGCUAGAUUCGGGGACAACGCCAAAGACGUGGAGACUAUUGAUGUGGAUACGCCUGGUGGCAAGAAGAUUCUUGUCCACCCGCUCUUUGCUAGUGUGAGUAAUGAUGGUAGGAUCCAUGUUAAGAUUGCCAGAGCAACCGGGCCUGAAGGUGCGGUCGCUAGGGGCGAGUUGGAUGAUAGACCCCCGGUUAGAGAGCCCUUGGAGAGUGAUCCACUGAGGGAUUUGGGGAGUAUGGGCAGGAGUGGGGUUAAGGAGUUGGAUGCGAUGAGUGGGGAGGCGGCGGCGUUGGACCAGUUUUUGAGGGCGGAAGGUCAGGGGAGGGGGUCGCCUGGAGCGGGGUUUCCUGGCGUGUCGCAAGCUUUGAGGGGGGAGUAG